CAGCGGACAGCGAGGCACGCGGACAGAGACUCACGACCAUCCUAAAUAUCUCUUGUUUCUUUCUCUCCACACUGAGUGACACUUCAUCUCCCCGGUGCCCCCUUCACGGCCGCGACACCACACACCGAUGCCACACAUUCAAAUCCAUCCCUGCACGACUUAAAGCUGCAAAAAGUGACUGACGGAGUGGACUUUUUUCUUCUUCCUGUCUGUCCUCUCUCAGGCCGACAGUAACAUUCCCACAGAGCUGCUUUCUGUUCCGGAGGAGAUUAUCUUCCCAUCAUCUCUCCCUGUCUGUAGCUGACUCAUAUUCGCUGCGUCCGGGACCAUGGCGGAGUACAGCUCUCUGCUCAGCGACCUGUCUGAAAACAUCACCAACGAGGACUUGGAGCAACUCAAGUCUGCCUGCAAGGAGGACAUCCCCGAGGACCAGAGCAACAACAUCACCUCCUCCAAGGAGUGGUUCAGCUACCUGGAGAAAAACGACAAGCUGGCCCAAGAUAACCUGUCAUACAUCGAGCACAUCUUCGAGAUCUCGCGGCGACCGGACCUGCUGACGCGGGUCAUCGAGUACCGCACCACCGUGCUGAAGAUCUCUGAGGACGACGAGAUCGACACCAAGCUCACACGCAUCCCCUCAGCCAAGAAAUACAAAGACAUCAUCCGCCAGCCCUCUGAAGAUGAGAUCAUCAAGCUGGCCCCUCCCCCUAAAAAAGUGUGAGGUCCCGACCCUCAGCCCCGAUCUUUGCACCUUGAUUUCUUCACUUCUGGCUCUCCAAUCAACCGACCAACCGAAUCUGACCAAACCCCCAUUGCUCACCUCACAUCGCCCCCCCCCCCCACCUCAUACACACACACACACAUCAUGCCACGCACCCUCCUUGCACUAACACAUGCCGCCGCCACUGACCACGCAACCAAUCAGAUUGUAGCGACGCCUGCCGAGCCGACGGGAAGCUGCGGAAAAAGAGACAUUAGAAGAAGAAGAAGAAAUCUGGAGACUGGGCCGACUGUGUGUGUGUGUGUGUGUGUGUGUGUGUGUGUGUGUGUGUGUGUGUGUGUGUGUGUGUGUGUGUGUGUGUCGAGGUUGUUAUAUUUAAGACAUCCACCCAUGAAGAGUUUAAAAACCACAAACCCUUGAAAGGAAAUUCUGAAACUGUCAAAAGGCUAACCACAGUAACCUUUAGGCUGUGUUCUUAUUUUAUGUACGGUGACGCAUAACUUCGACUCGCAUAAUUCAGCAGCGCUCUUUUUAUUCAAUUUGAACAUGCUGAAUGGACAAAAUGGUACAAAUGUUGGACCUGAAUCGUCUAUCUGGAGAAACUAAAACACGUAAAUGUACAAUAUCAAAAACAACACCUUUAAUCUCACAUCUAAGACUGCUAACUCCUAACUCAAUAUUUUGGAGUAAUAAUGUGAAUUCCAACUUCACACACGAGUGGUAAUGAUCUCCCUUAACAAAAAGAGCAAAUCAAAGGAGUUCUCUAAGUUUGGAUCUAUUCCUUUAAAGCCUGAAUAGAGAAUUUAAAUAAAGAAGCCUUUAUUUCACCUCCAUUACCAUGCAUUCAUCACAUAAAAUCACACCUGAAGGACAGUUCUUUAUGCAUUCCCUUGACUCUUAUGCUGAUUAUCACAUCAUGUUUCAAAAUCAGAAGCAAUUUUAAUAUUUUAGAAGACAUUUUAAAGUUUGAUUUGCAUAGAAAAGCCAAUAUUUGCCUUUAGCUUAUAAUCAGAGCAAGAGUUAUUUAGAAAAAUAUGACAAAGAUAUAGCAAUUAUCUCAACACUAUGGAUAUUCCCUGUCCUUUAGUGAUCUUUUCAUGACCAGUUAGCAUGAGAGCUGUAUAUAAUAUAUCAGAAUAAAGUAUAGCAGAAAUAAUAUAUUGACCCUGCGUUUCAUAGAGGAUUCAAAUUCCCACUGUACGCUCACCUUCACUCUGUCUAAUCUGAAACUACUUAGCGUCAAUUAAGAUGACAACCAAUUAAGCGAGCACUUAAACGACUUCUACUUUAGAGAAUACGAACGUAUAUUUUGAGAGAUCCUGUUAUAUUUGCUGUGUGUAAACGUUGUGUUGCGUGGCGCGUAAAAAAAUAAACCACAUUUUCUUUCCUCCCUUUGUCGCCCAUGUUAUCCGGCGCACUGCAAGGUCUCUUGGAGUGCCGAUCAAAGUGGAAGAAGGGAGGAAAUGUCAGAAAGCAAACGUGGCAUGUGAUUUAAUAAACUGUACAUAAAGCAGACUCCUAAACCCGCCAUGCCCCCCCCCACCCCACCCCACCCCACCAACACAAUAGCUAGCAAGACUGUUGAAACGUAUCUAUAAUAUCUGCUCUUUCGAACACUGUGUCUCUCUUCCCCCCGCGUUGAAGCCUUAGCGGACUUUUGUGUUCACCCCAACAUUUCUCACAACUGUGUGUGUGUGUGUGUGUGUGUGUGUGUGUGUGUGUGUGUGUGUGUGUGUGUGUGUGUGUGUGUGUGUGUGUGUGUGGAGGACGGCGGGCACACUCUCCCUUUUUAAAGAGAGCACUU